UUAUGAAAGAUUUACGUAACCUGCUUAAUAAGGAUAAUGAAGAUUAAUUGUCUGAAAAACGAGAAUAGUAUAACUAACAAUAACCAAUUACAAAAAGAACUGCAGCAACUCGGGAUUCAGGAAGACCAGUUGUAUCACAAUCUUAUUAAAGAUUUUUUAAGAUUGAUUCUCCUCCUGGAAAUCUUGGAAACUUAUUCAAAAAUCAUAAAUUUUCAUUAUAAUAAGAUGCCUUCAGUGUUUAGUCAGAAUAAUAGGAGAAAUUUAUUGUAAAGCAAUAUUGGCGAUCAUUACUUAGAUGGUAAGGAUUUGAUGAUUAUCUCUUUUUAAGAGAUCCUAUCAAUCUUAGACAUAUAAAAGGAAGAGAUAUUUUAACUAAAAAUGAUGUUGUUGAAGAAUUAAAAGCAAAUAAUAUUCAUAUUUAAGUUUUAUAUUAGGCUGAUAAUGGAAUGUAGGAAUACAAAGAUUAACAUAGAAGAUAAUAAAUGUAACAAUUACAAAAAUUAUAUUAACCUGGAGAGGCUAAUUAUUAGAAAUUUAAUCCAGAAAAAUACAAACAAACAUUUUUCGGAGGAAAGGAUACUGGUAAAUUAUAGUCUAUUGUAUUUGAUAAUCUUAAAUUACAAGAGCUAAUUGAUAAAAUUUAAUAGAUAUUAUAAUUAAUUAAUGAGAAGAUUGUUAGUGAAGAAAUCAAUCAAAUAUCUCCACUUGGAGAAAGAAUGAUCAGAAUAUUAUGGAAAAUAGGAUGUUUAAAUCUCUUUUUAAUAGGCUAUUAUGUACAUAAUAUGAUUUUAGAAAUAUAUGGUAAAGAGAAGUUAGCAUAUUAGAAUUGGAAAAAAGUAUUAAGAAUAUGUAACAUGUAAGGCAAUCAUUGUCAUCGAUAUAAACUUAUAGCCUAUAAACAUAUAUCAAAAAUAUGCAUUAAAUUAUAAUAAUAUGAUAAGAGUCUUAUUUAUUUAAAAAAGAUGUUAAAAUUAUCAUGGAUUAUAAAUGAUACUAAUUAUGAGAUCUUUACAUAUGACAAAAUAUCAUUGUGUUAUUAUUAUAAGUAGGAUAUGAACAAAGCAAAAUAUUAUCAUGAAAAGUUUGCUUAAGGAGAGUAUGAAGAACCAGGUAAAGGAAUGAGAAAUGUUGGGGAAUCUGCAUAUCUUCUAGAUGCUAAAAUGAAGGAAGGCUUUAUAGAUUAGAAUUCCUAUUCUGAAGAUGAAUAUGAUCUGGAUGUACUCUUGCAGAAUGGAAAUCUAAAUAAAUGGGAAUUAGAGAAUAAACGAAAAGAUUUAAAAGUUAUGGCCUAAAAAAUGCCUACUGAAUAUAAAAAAGGUCAUAGCUUUGGUAAGAUCCAUCGUCCUACUAAUAAGAUUAUAGAUUUUAAACAUGCUAUGUUAAUUUUACAUAAAUUUCAAAAUAAGCAAUAAAUUCCAUUAGGACCUAUCUAUUCCAAAGAUGUUCCUGAUCAAAUAUAAUCUACACAGAGAUGGAAGAAGAAAGAUCCUUUAUAAUCUUGUCAAUAUCUAUUUAAUUAAAAAAGUACUAAUAGAGUGGCCUAGAAUUUUCUUUUAUAAGAGGAAAUUAAAGAAUAACCUAUUAGUGAUGCUAUUUGCUUCAAACCAUCGGAAAAUGUAUAUUAUAUAAAAAAGAUGAUCAGAGUUUUUAAAUAUGAUCUUAAGUAUUUUUUAUCGAAACAAUCUCUUUUUAAAAAUUCGACUGAUUGUAUAUGA